AUGGUCAACUACGGAGGUGACGAGGUUUCUGCGAUCGUGCUAGACAUUGGCGCGUCUUCUAUACGUGCUGGUUAUGCUGGUGAUGACACGCCAAAGACCGUUAUACCUACUUCAUAUGGGUAUACCGAGGAAACAUGUGACGAACAGGAUGUUGCAAUGGCCGAUGCAGAUAAAGAAGGAUCGGAGAAAGUUAAUGACUCGACUGCGAAACUGAAUGGACCUCCCGGGAGCAAGAAAGUCAAGCUUCACAUCGGCCAACAUGGUCCAUCAUUAUUUCGACCUAACAUGCAUGUCGGAAACCCCAUGAGCGGUGGCCUCAUUGAAGACUUCUCGCCUAUUCCUGCCCUCAUACGAAACGCUCUUGAAGACAACUUGCGAGCCAAUCCCGCCGAACAUCCGGUUCUCGUGACCGAGCCUGCAUGGAACACACCCGAACGCAGAGAACGCAUGGCGGAAAUUAUGUUUGAAGAGUUUCAAGUUCCUGCAUUCUAUAUUGCGAACACUGGCGUGCUCAAUGCUUUUGCGUCAGGGAAGGGUACCGCUCUUGUUAUAGACAUUGGACACUCGGAAGCAAGCGUUACUCCUGUGGUUGACGGCUUUGUAUUACGCAAAGGUCUCGCACAUUCUUCAUUACCGCAGUUUGUGCGCGCACACGCGAAGCAUACACUAACCAACCCGGCUCAGACGCGUCAGGCAAUAGAACUACUUCCUCAUCAACUCAUCUCGAACAAACGGGCUGUUGCAGACUCGGCUCAGCCAAUAUUUACUUUACGGGAGGAUCGUGUCGCCGCUGUAACUCCAACAUGGAGACAGUGGUAUGAAGAUCAUGAAGUCGAUGAAUGGAUAAUGAGCGUCGGCGCUGUGAUGGACCAGGGAUGGAAUGAACAACUGGUCGCUCAACGGCCGCAACGACCGUAUGAAUUCCCAACAGGCUACAACCAAUGGUUCGGCGUGGAGCGUUAUACGGUUGGAGAACAAUUCUUUGUGCACGCGCCUGGAUUAGUCCAAUCAAACCCGAAUAUUCCGAAGACCUUAACAAAUCUCAUCGCGCAGUCCCUGUCAGCGAGUGAACCUGACCUCCGUGCAGUACUUCUAGCGAACAUCGUGUUAUGUGGCGGCGGAAGCCUCUUGGCGGGCCUUGCAGACCGGCUGCACAACGAACUUGCACGGAACUUCCCGCACAUGAAGAUUCAUUCACCCGGGAACCCGACAGAGCGCCGUUAUGGCGGCUGGUUGGGCGGCAGUAUCCUUGCGAGCCUCGGCACGUUCCACCAGCUUUGGAUUAGUCGCGAAGAAUGGCAGGAACAUGGAAAGUCAAUUGUUGCGCAGCGAUGUAAAUAGAAUCGACCCUGAAGAGUUCGCGCAUCCACCAUGGCUAUUCGAGGAAAAGUACAAGUAUAUUAUCUUGUUGUACCACCCUAUUUAUUUUGCGACUUUGUUUCCCCUGCUGGCUCUUGUUUAAGGCAGCGCGCGUUUACCUUACAAGCCUUCGUUUCUCCGAAAGAAGGCGAGGUUUCCACUUUAGUGUAUGCGUUUGAACCAUCGUCCUAUCUUCCUUCUCUUAAUCAUUUCGUUCGAAUGAUGCUUUGAUACUCCACUAUAUUGUGCCUACUAAGGAAGAGACAAAAG